CAGCUCUCUAAUACUCUCUCUGUGCCCUCUCCUGCCCCCCAAACCAGGCUUGGCGGGCAGAGGCGCCCGCGGAUGUCCCAUGCGAGGAUCGCUCUGUGGCUAAACCUCAGUCUCCGCUCCGCCCGCAGUCUUUGUAGAGCCCGAUUAAUGGAAGGGCAGCCCCAAGGGCCGCCGAAUCCAGCUGUGAUGGAGAACGGCACCGGGCCGUGCGGAGAAGAGCGCCCACGUGAGGUCCAGGAGACGAUAGUCACCGAGGGGGCCGCCAAGAUUGCCUUCCCCAGCGCCAACGAGGUCUUUUACAACCCAGUGCAGGAGUUCAACCGGGACCUGACAUGUGCUGUGAUCACCGAGUUUGCUCGCAUUCAGCUUGGAGCCAAAGGAAUCCAAAUCAAGGUGCCUGGUGAGAAGGAAAUGCAAAAGGUGAUCGUGGACUUGUCGGAGCAAGAGGAGGAAAAGGUUGAACCGAAAGGGGGUGAAAACCUGGCCCCAGGAGAACCUCAAACAGCUGCCGCUGGGGAGAUCUGUGAGGAAGGCCUACGGGUGCUGGAGGGCCUGGCAGCUUCAGGCCUACGUUCCAUCCGAUUUGCGCGAGAGGUGCCUGGGCUCCGAUCUGUGGUUGCCAACGAUGCCUCUGCCCGGGCUGUGGACCUCAUACGUCAGAAUGUGCAGCUCAAUCAUGUGGCCCAUCUGGUACAACCCAGCCAGGCGGAUGCCCGGAUGCUGAUGUCCCAGCACCAGAGGGUGUCAGAGAGGUUUGAUGUCAUCGACCUGGACCCCUACGGCAGCCCCGCCCCCUUCCUGGACACAGCUGUGCAGGCUGUGAGUGAAGGAGGGCUGCUGUGCGUGACCUGCACGGACAUGGCGGUGUUGGCAGGGAACAGCGGGGAGACAUGCUACAGCAAGUACGGGGCCAUGGCUCUCAAGAGCCGGGCCUGCCACGAGAUGGCCCUGAGGAUCGUCCUGCACAGCCUGGACCUCCGUGCCAACUGCUACCAGCGCUUUGUGGUGCCGCUGCUGAGCAUCAGUGCAGACUUCUAUGUGCGUGUUUUUGUUCGUGUCUUCACUGGCCAGGCUAAGGUCAAGGCCUCUGCCAGCAAACAGGCACUCGUGUUCCAGUGUGUGGGUUGUGGGGCUUUCCAUCUUCAGCGCCUCGGCAAGACAUCAGGAGCCCCCGGCGGCCGGGUCAAAUUCUCUGCGGCCUGCGGUCCCCCCGUGGCCCCUGAGUGUGAGCACUGUGGGCAGAGACACCAGCUCGGUGGCCCCAUGUGGGCAGAGCCCAUCCAUGACCUGGACUUCGUGGGCCGCAUCCUGGAGGCUGUGAGCGCCAACCCCAGCCGCUUUCACACCUCGGAGCGUAUCCGGGGGGUCCUGAGCGUGAUCACGGAGGAGCUCCCUGACGUGCCUCUGUACUACACACUGGACCAGCUGAGCAGCACCAUCCACUGCAAUACGCCCAGCCUCCUACAGCUGCGGUCGGCCCUCCUCCAUGCUGGCUUCCGAGUGUCACUCUCCCACGCCUGUAAGAACGCAGUGAAGACGGAUGCACCCCCCUCGGCUCUCUGGGACAUUAUGCGCUGCUGGGAGAAGCAAUGUCCAGUGAAACGGGAGCGACUGUCCGAUACCAGUCCGGCAUUCCGCAUUCUCAGCAUGGAGCCCAGGUACGGACAUGCAUGUGUGGGAGGGGACAGGCCUGUCCCAGGCAGGAGGCACACACAUGCACACCUUCCCACACAGACACGCGCUAGUUCAAGUGAGAUCCAGAAUCUGCUUCCUUCUUCCCCGCCCUGUCCCUGUCACCUCCAGCCCUGGUCACCACCAUCGGUUCUCCCCACAGCAGCCAGAGGGCACCUGUGAGCUACUGAGUCAGGGGGCA